ACGUACACACAGACACAUGAUUGUACAUACACACAAACACACACAUGUACACAGACACAUGUACACACACACGUACAUACACGCAGACACAUGUACAGAUACACACAUGUACAUCCCACACAGACACACACACACCCAUAAAAAAGUUGCAAUACUUCGUUUGUUCACUCACAGAUCUGGGUACUGCACUCUAGGGGGGCAGAGAGCACAGCACAACACUCCUUGCUUUCACUGUGCUCAGCUAUUGAGCAGUCUGACGGCCCCCAGUGCCAAUGACAGAUCCGGCCUGAGCUCAGAGCCUGCUCAGCAAAACGGCCCUGGGGGACACACUUGCCCCCACCAUAAUUUCUAACUCGCCAUUGGCGAGCAGGUGAGUGGAAAUUUCAAGCCCUGGUCUAGACCAC